UUUUAUAGGUUUUCAUCAAAGAUUUCAGAAUAUAAGUUAUUAUUAAAAAAAUUUGUGUCAGCAAAAAUUCCAUAUUCCUAAGUGUGUCAGCCACUGGUCACUCUAAUCUGUGGUGUCAGCAAAUUUGACGUUUAGCUGACUAAAAGUUGACCUUUUUUUUACACUCGAGUUUCUAAAGUGUUCUGUGGUUCCAACUUUUUUUAUAUAUUUUUUUAUUAAACAUAGUCUCUCUAAUCUGUGUAAAUAAUCUAAGGUAUUUGUAUACAUAUAUUUUGGUCAUUUUAUUUCUUCAUUUUGUGAAAAGGCUAAUUAAGAUGACGUUAAAUCAUGUACUAAGAAAAAUAUUAUCAAGGAGCAGUGAUUUUUGUUGCUUAUGCUUUGAAACUAUAAAUGAUAAAGCAAUUUCUCCUGACAACGAGGUUAUAAUUAAUGUCAAUCAGACUCAGAACAAUCUAUUAAUGUCUGAUGUACUUUUAACCGUUUUAGGCAAUGAAGUACUUAGCUAUAUUUCCACAUUUGAAGCACUGUGUACUAAAUGCACACAGUCUGCAAUCAACAGCUAUACAUUUAUGAAACUCAGCAAAAAAAACUCAGAGUUACUCUGUAAGGUACUAAGUAGUUUAAAAGAAAAUAUCGAUGAUACAAUUGAAGAUCAAGUAAAUUGUAAAACACUUUUUGUGUCUGUAAACACAGAAACAUUUGUUAAUAACCAACAUUAUGACAAUAAAAGACCAGUAUGUAAUACAAGUGCAGCUUUACGAAGAUACCAGUCAUUGCUUAAUAAUGAAGACAAGUCAGAAUUGGAACUAUGUCCUCAAAGCAUAAAAAAAGAUGUUAGAACAAAAAAAGAAAAAUCUCAAUUUGCAAUCCCAACUUCAGAUAUGAUUUAUGAUAAAAAUGACCAGGAAACUAUAAAAUGUAAGGAAUGUCUAAAAGUUUAUCCUGGAAUUUGGAAAUUACGAAGCCAUUAUAUAAGAGUUCAUGCUCCGAAAGUAUUCAAAUGCACAGAAUGCCCAAGAAAAUAUGGGUCAUUAUCAUAUUUACAUGCUCACAAAGAGGAGAGUCAUUGUAGUAUUGUCUGCAGUGAGUGUGGUAAGACAUUUCACAAUCGGAACACAUUACGAAUACAUGAAAUGGGUCACCAUUUGAGAUUCGUGUGCCAGGACUGUGGCAGGAUAUACAAAAGCAAAAAUACAUUUAAAAAGCACAUAGAGUUUAAUGUGUGUGGUAGCAAAACUAGGGCUUCUCCAUCAGAAGCAAAGUUUACAUGUGAUUAUUGCAACAAGAAAUACACACAGAAAGUCUCAUUACGUGUUCAUAUACAGUUUGAGCAUGGUAAUUAUAAGGGGCAUGAAUGUAAAUGGUGUAAAAAGAAGUUUUGGGCACAGAGCAGACUGAAGGCUCAUAUAGUCAAACAUACUCGAGAAAAGAAAUUUAAUUGUAAUAUAUGCAAUAGAAACUUUGUUACAAAGGAAUCACUCUUGUAUCAUACACGUAUACAUACAGGGGAGAAGCCAUAUGAAUGUCCAGAAUGUGACGCUAGGUUCCUGUCUGCAUCACGUCGAGCUGAGCAUGUAAAACGACAACACAGAGGUGCCACCAUACAAUGUGACAUAUGUCAGAGUAAAUUUAACUCUACAAACUACUUGCAGAAGCAUAGGCAGUCUCAUUUCAAAGGUGAGAAAAAUGCACCAACAAAUAUUCAUCAAUUUCAGGAGGAAAAGCAAUUAAGAGAUAAUGAUGUGAAAUCUUUUUUAAACCAAGAGGAUUAUCAGACGCGCCAGCUGCUUCCAGCUGUUUUUGACAAUGACUUUGACACUCAUAUGCCCUCUGAUGAAGAAAUAUACCUUGUAUCAAAUGAGAAGAAAGAUUAUAUGAUACAUAUAUCAGGCAUAAAGUAAGAAUAUAAGUAAAUAAUGUUGAUGUUUUGUCCUUUAUUACAAUAUAUGAUAUCAUUAUGAUGCA